GCGGAAUGCUCGGUCUAUACUUACUAUGUCUAUGUUCUAUGCUUACUCCAUGGUUGUAGACCACGCUUAACAUAUAUGCACAUACCAUAUCGCGUAGUUCUACAGAUGAUGUAAAGAUCAUAACAGUGUCAAUUUCCGACGGUAUUCUUGUGUAUUAUCGUUGCGCCGAGAACGUUCGAAGAUAAAAAGCAACAGGGACGGCGUGAAAAUGCUGAACCAGGCGGUGGUCGAGGCACUUUAUUCGGCAACGUAUAUUGAGAACUAUCUGGACUGCGUGGAAAAUCUGCCGAAUGACUUGCAGCGAUAUGUCUCCCGACUCCGCGAGCUGGAUGCUACUUGUCAAACAUAUCUACACGAGAUGGAUCAGCAACAGGAAUUCCUGCGGAACGACACAGAUCCUGUGGUUAAAAGAAGAGCACUCAUGAGAGUACAGCAAGCCUUGAUUGCGGCGCAGGAGAUAGGAGACGAAAAAUUACAGAUUGUUCAGCAAGUGCAAGAUCUCAUUGAAAACAAAUCGAGGCAGUUGGAUGUGGAUUAUCGAAAUUUAGACUUUGGAAAGGAGCAAGAAAACUCGGAAUCAGUCCGUGAAUCGAAUAUGAACAGCAAUUCGAAUAAUGCAAGCCACACAAAUAACUCCGAACGUCAGCCAAAACGUGCCAGGAGAACGAGGACCGAAACUUUGAUAGAAUCGAGUCAUUCUUUGGAUAUGAUGGUCGGAAUGACAGAAACAAGAUCUUCGGCGUUAUCAAAUACAAGCAAUGGAAAUCAGAAGAAAACAGCAACAGCGGCGACUGGUAAAAAGAAAAAACGGAAAUCUCGACAAGGCAAUCAACAAAACCAGCAUCGUGAAGAUACGCCGCCGCCACCGGAGGACGAUCUUGCUAUAGAUCCUGAUGAACCAACUUACUGUCUGUGCGAUCAGAUAUCCUACGGCGAGAUGAUCCUCUGUGAUAAUGACCUUUGUCCCAUAGAAUGGUUUCAUUUUUCUUGUGUCUCCUUAACGACAAAACCGAAGGGUAAAUGGUUCUGUCCCAAAUGUCGAGGUGAUCGACCUAAUGUCAUGAAACCCAAGGCGCAAUUUCUUAAAGAAUUGGAAAGAUACAAUAAAGAAAAAGAAGAGAAAUCAUAGCAAGAGCACGGCGGCGAAAAACUUAAAAAUUUCGCAAAAUCUAAUUGGACUUAAUUCAAGAUCUUUAGAAGAUAACUAAUUACAUGAAUUAACAUCUUUUGAUUGUAAUUAAAAUUUUGAAUUAUAUUUUUCACUUUGCGUGAAUUAUAAUUCUAAUAUUGUAUAUUAUAAACAGAAAACAUAUUUUUUGUUUAAAUUGUAAAAAAAACUGUGUGGUGUUGUGCGCGCGCGCGUGCGUUAUUUACGAUUGUACAUAUAAUGAGAUAUUAAAUGAUGUUAUGUUCAAAUGCAUUUCUUUCAUUAAUAUUAGAUUAGAAUGCAUAAUAAAAUACUAUAUUUGUAGAAGCAAUAAGUUCAAAAAGUAUAAGAUGUGUGUGUGGUGUGUGCGCGUGCGCGUGUCCACACAUGAAAACUAAUGUAAGUGUAAUAAAAAAUAAAAAUAACAUGUAAAUAAU